AUGUACACUCUAGGAUCGGCAACAGGGGUGGCCGGGGGCAGCCCAGGGCACUCGCUGGCCCCCAAUCGCGGCCGCCUCGCCGUCUGCGCCUCCCACCGGGGCAGCGCGCAGCGCCGGCAUCGGGGAAAGGGCAGUUGUGGCGAGUCGUUUGCUUUUGAGGUGUACGCGCCGCUUGAGGGCAGCCGCGAUGCCUGUGACCCGCGCUUGGAAGACAAGAUGGUGCGACGCUACCAGGACCUGUACAGGGAGGCCGGCCUCAGGCAGGAGCUCAGGGCGCGGGAGCGCUUUGAGAGGCCGCGAGACAAGGCCAAGAGGGACCGCCGUGACCUGAUCCAGCGCCGCAAGUGGGAGCGCGACAACCGCGACUGGUGGUCGCCAGAGACCCUGCAGGGUGGCGCAGACCAGGUCAUAGACACGCCCUACAACGCCUUCUUUUCGCUGCGGGACGCCCGCGACACGCGCGCCGACGAGGACGAUGAGGCGGUGUUUGGCGGCGGCUCUGCAGCCGCUGCACUUGAACCGUUGACAGCCUAUUGGCCGGCCACAGUGUGGGAUGCCGAUUGGCAGGGCGGCUACAUUGACGGCGGCGCGGGUGGCUUGGCCGAGGCCGAGGACGGGGCCGUGCCGUCGCUGUCCACUUUUGAGCAGCUGAGCACUGAGAUGGACGCUGCGGCGCUUGUCGCCAGCGCAGAGUCCAAGGCCGCACCGGCGGACUUACUGCCAGUGGGUGGUCUCGAGUGGGGCGACGCAGUGGCGCCGUGGCCUCAGAUGGCUCAGGGCAGGAGCAACGACAGUGACGAGGUGACGGAGGCGCCUGUGGCAGUGGCGGGCGGCGAGUCCCUGCGGGGUGCGGCCCAAGGGGACCUGCGUGAGGCAGCGGGGCGGCUGCAGGCGCAGCUGGAGGGCAUCAGGAGCCUGCAGCAGCAGAUGGAAGGCGCGGCCCGCAAGACGCGGCGCGGUGGCAGGGGAUUGGGGCGCAAGGGCAAGGUGACUGGGCGUCGCUGA